CGCCGCAGCCCCUUCCGGCGCGGCCCGGCGAGCUCCGCGGGCGAGGCGGGCAGCGGGCCGGAGCCGGCGCGCGGCGGCCGCGCUCCAGGCGGGCUCGCUGCUGCCCUGGGCGCUGCCGCCAUGGGCAAGAAGCACAAGAAGCACAAGACCGAAUGGCGCUCGUCGUACGAGGACUAUGCAGACAAGCCCUUGGAGAAGCCCCUGAAGCUGGUCCUCAAAGUUGGAGGAAGCGAAGUGACGGAACUCUCGGGGUCCGGCCACGACUCCAGUUACUACGAUGACAGGUCAGACCAUGAGCGGGAGAGACACAAGGAGAAGAAGAAGAAGAAAAAGAAAAAGUCGGAGAAGGAGAAGCACCUUGACGAUGAAGAAAGGAGGAAGCGAAAGGAGGAGAAGAAGCGGAAACGGGAGAAGGAGCACUGUGACACAGAGGGGGAGGCCGACGACUUUGACCCGGGGAAGAAGGUGGAGGUGGAGCCGCCCCCCGACCGGCCGGUGCGAGCGUGCCGGACGCAGCCAGCUGAAAACGAGAGCACGCCUAUUCAGCAGCUGCUGGAGCACUUCCUCCGCCAGCUCCAGAGAAAAGAUCCUCAUGGAUUUUUCGCUUUUCCUGUCACGGAUGCAAUCGCACCUGGGUACUCGAUGAUAAUAAAGCACCCGAUGGACUUCGGCACGAUGAAGGACAAGAUCGCAGCGAACGAGUACAAGUCAGUCACGGAGUUCAAGGCAGAUUUCAAGCUGAUGUGUGACAACGCGAUGACAUACAACAGGCCGGACACCGUGUACUACAAGUUGGCCAAGAAGAUCCUGCACGCUGGCUUCAAGAUGAUGAGCAAAGAGCGGCUCUUAGCUCUGAAGCGCAGCAUGUCGUUUAUGCAGGACAUGGAUUUCUCUCAGCAGGCGGCUCUUCUGGGCAACGAAGACACGGCUGCCGAGGAGCCUGUCCCCGAGGUCGUGCCUGUACAUGUAGAGACGGCCAAGAAGUCCAAGCGGCCAAGUAGAGAAGUCAUCAGCUGUGUGUUCGAGCCGGAGGGGAAUGCCUGCAGCCUGACGGACAGCACCGCGGAGGAGCACGUGCUGGCUCUGGUGGAGCACGCGGCCGACGAGGCCCGGGACAGGAUCAGCCGGCUGGUGCCUGGCGGCAAGAUGGGCUACCUGAAGAAGAAUGGGGAUGGAAGUCUGCUCUACAGCGUGGUCAACACAGCCGGGCUGGAUGCUGAUGAGGAGGAGACCCACCCAGUGGACCUGAGCUCGCUGUCCAGCAAGCUGCUGCCUGGCUUCACCACGCUGGGCUUCCGGGAGGAGCGGAGGAGCCGAGUCACCUUCCUCUCCGGCGCCAGCACCGCGCUGUCCACGCACAACAACUCCGUGUUCGGCGACUUGAAGGCUGACGAGCUGGAGCUGCUGUACUCGGCCUACGGAGACGAGACGGGCGUGCAGUGCGCGCUGAGCUUGCAGGAGUUCGUGAAGGAUGCUGGGAGCUACAGCAAGAAGCUGGUGGACGACCUCCUGGACCAGAUCACGGGCGGGGACCACUCGCGGAUGCUCUUCCGGCUGAGGCAGAUUUUGAGUGUUUUAGAAAGUAGAAAUGGAGAGCGGGCCACACCCUGUGCCUGACCACAAAGCCUUGAAUGGUUCCUCUCCAGCCAUUUUGUUUGUUUUUGUUUACAGCACUAGAGAAACAUUUUAACUUCGUUCUUUCACAUGUAACAUUCCACUUUUCCCAGCACUACUUAUUGAAUAGACUCUCUUCUUGCACUGGAAGAGUUAAUAUUGUUAAAGUGGUCAUACUCUCCAAGGCAAUUCAUAGAUAUAGUGCAGUCCCUAUCAAAACGUCAAUGGCAUUUUUCAGAAAGUUAGAACAAAUGAUUUUAAAGUUUACAUGGAGGCACAGGAGACCCCAAGUAGCCAAAGCAGUCUUGAGAGAGAGCCUGGGGGUAUCACUCAUGCAGAUUUCAGAGUGUACCGCUGAGCUGCCGGAAUCAAAGCCGUGCGGUGCCGGCAGUGAACUAGCUACAUAGGCGAGUGGAGCAGGAUAGCCCAGAAGGAAGCCCAGACGCAUGCGGCUAGCUCAGGGCAGAGGAGGCAAGAAAGCUCUGAGCACUUUACUGAAUGUGGACUGAGCAGCACAGCUUCAGACCGUUGUUGUUUCGUCUCCAUCGUGUCUCACUCUGUGACCCCAUGGGCUGCAGCCCUCUAGGCUCCCCUGUCCUCCAGUGUCCCCUGGAGUUUGCUCAGACUCACUUCCAUUGAGUCGGUGAUGCCAUCCAGCCAUCUCCUCUGCUGGUCUCAGCACCCUACCUCCCCCGCAGCCGGGUCAGCUGUCCUCCGGGUGAAGCCCCAGCCCAGCGUCUGACUGCCCUCUUUCCCACCCCUGGGGCUGCGGGUACAUCCUGAGGGCUCUCGCGCCUUCAUGGCCUUCUCGCCCCGGGUGGUCUCGUGGGUGCCCAGCCCGCCGGGGGUCUCAGCUGGUCUUGUGCAGCAGGCUCACUCUGGCUGCGGCCCGUGAGGCCCGCUCGGGUUGCGGGCGGGCCUGUCCCAACUAUGGGUGAGAGGGUAAGCAGGUCCGCCUGGAUACAGCUGCU